AUGGAAGCCCUUGAUGCUAUUGCCAGGCGAGCCACGCUAGACACCACCACAGGCACGGCCACGGAUUCCUUGAGCAACGACCAGCAUCUCCUUCAGGCAGAUCCCGAAGUGCAGACAAUUGGCGGCACAGAUGGCACAGUCGAUCGAGUAUUGAAGCGGAUACAUAAGCCAAGAUUCCCUGGAGCCAUCUUUAUCCAUGCCGGAGCGGGCUUCCACAGCCAUCAGAAUGAGAGAGUUCACCUGGAGGCUUGCAGCAAUGCUGCCGCAAUGGGAAUGAAGUUCUUGAAGUCCGGUGCCUCGGCUACGGAAGCUGUCGAAAUUGCCCUGCGCGUUCUCGAAGACAAAGAAAUCACGAAUGCUGGCUACGGCUCGAAUCUCUCGAUGGACGGUACUGUCGAAUGUGAUGCCACCGUCGUUGAUUAUCUCGGAAGAAGCGGUGCUUGUGGCGCCGUGCCAAACGUCCGAAAUCCCAUCUGCCUUGCCAAGUUGAUUUUGGACAAAAGCAACCAGCCACUUUCCCUGAGACGAGUUCCGCCCAAUAUCCUCGUCGGCGAGGGUGCCAAGAAUUUUGCUCAGGAGCAUGGCAUGCAGCCAGUCCACAACGACUACCUAGUCUCCAAGAACGCCAGAGACCGAUUUCUUCGAUGGCAAGAGGAUCUCAAGCGAGCUGAGGAGAAAUCGAAGCAAGGCAUGUCUCGAGGACCAGCCAACGACACAUCUGAUAUCGCCCAUCAGUAUGAAACCAUCCCGGUGCCUGGCUCUCCGCGAACAACCAAAGUGUUGCAACGGGAUCAUGCUAGCGCUAUCUUUACCGGUACAUGGAACGAAGGCCAACCUGACUCCCCGCAUCGAGGCUCCCCGGCGCUGGAGCAGGGCCCUAGCCUACUUCUAGACAAUUCUGUACUGGCGAAUCCCCGAAGUUUGCCGCAACGCCAAGGCAUAGAAAGAGCACCUCUGAGCUAUAUCGGCGCUUCCUUGCCGUCUUCCAAUAAGUCUCGCACUCAGUUAUUGCAAGAGAGAGGCCUUCCGUCGAGCGAUGGGGACUACCUCAACCAGGGAGACCGUGAUGGCACAUACUCCCCUCUAUGGUCUGACGGAGCCAAACAUGUCAGCACUGUUGCGCAGCUGCAGGCAUGUCGUCCUCGUGGUAUUAAGAGACCGUUCUCUGCUGCUGACCUCGAGGAGGAGGAUAUCAUCACUGACACUGUGGGUGCAAUCGCGAUUGACGAAAAGGGUCGGAUUGCGGCAGGUUCAUCAUCUGGUGGCAUCGGAAUGAAGCACCGGGGACGCAUAGGCCCUGCUGCUUUGGUGGGCAUCGGAACGGCCGUCGUGCCCUGUGACCCAAAUGACCCGGAUGGAGUCAGCGUUGCAACCGUAACGAGUGGCACUGGUGAGCACAUGGCCACGACAAUGGCGUCUCAGAGAUGUGCAGAGCGCAUCUACGGCAACACCCGCAGAGGACCAAACGGAAGAGAUGUGGAAGAAUGGGACGAAGACGCGAUCAUGGAGUCCUUCAUCACGAACGACUUCAUGGGACAUCCCGGCGUCAGAAACUGCAACUCGGUUGGGGCGAUCGGCGUGAUGACGGUGAAGAAAACGCGGACGAGCUACUAUUUGUACUUCGCGCACAACACCGACUCCUUCGCGCUCGCCUCAAUGGGCGGCUCAGACAAGGAACCUGUAUGCGUCAUGUCCCGCCUGGGGGAGUCAGCUCAGGUCACGCGAGGUGCUCGACGGAUUCGGGUUGACCCAGGAUCUUGA